AUGACUUCCGGGACCACCGCCAGAGCCUCUGGUUACUUCUGCCGUGGCCGAAAAACUCUACCGGUAAGGGCUUUGAACUUGGUUUUCAUUCGUUUAAGAUUCCAGAAGCUUUAUCGCCUCUGUAUGUGGGUUUCAGUUACCAACGCCGGAGUCCGGUCGCCACUGUCGUUUGAGGUGGCUGCCGGGCUGCCGCUGAACCAGUUCAGAGACCGCCACUGUUCGAUGUGGCUUGAAGCUGAGGUUGCGAAGGUGAUGGGGUCUUCAAGCUUGAAUUCUUUGAAACUAAGUGUUGCACGUGGGCUUCCCUCGUGCUCCAAAUCUUCAACCCCUGAUCGCUGUCACCGAUCGCGGUUGCUUCCUCGAGCUCGGCGUCCAUCGUCUUUGUCUGCUCAGCCGCGCUUCCGUCGCCGUUUGUUUGCCGUUCACGUUCGCGUCUUCGUUCGCGUUCUUCGCCAUUCGCGUUCGCUCGCUGUUCACCGUUCGAGUUCGCGUUCGUCUGGAAGCCACGUUGCUCUGCUUCAAACUCUGCCACCAACCCGCGCUCUCCACUCAGCCGUCGAACUGCCCUCUUUUGUCCCCGCCGUGAAUUGUGAGGCGGGGUCUCAUUGUGCUAGCAGAAGUACCAAUGGUCAAGUCAAUUUCAGUGGCAACUUGAAUGAAUAUUCCACAAGAACUUAUGAAACAUCGUGCGCUACAUCGCUUGACAAUCAGCCAAAGGAUAACUCUGUUUCUGAUAUGCUAGUAGAUUCAUUUGGACGGUUGCACACUUACUUGAGAAUAUCGUUAACAGAACGGUGCAAUUUACGGUGUCAGUAUUGUAUGCCAGCAGAUGGCGUGGAGCUAACUCCUAACGCUCAGCUUUUGACAAAUGCUGAGAUUUUGCGACUGGCAAAUCUCUUUGUAAGUUCCGGGGUAAAUAAAAUACGGUUGACUGGUGGGGAGCCAACUGUAAGAAAGGAUAUUGAAGAUAUAUGCAUGGGGUUGUCAAAAUUGAAGGGACUGGAGACAUUGACCAUGACUACAAAUGGUAUCACCCUAGCAAGAAAACUUCCAAGGCUGAAAGAAUGUGGCCUUACUUCUGUGAACAUUAGUUUGGACACAUUGGUACCUGCAAAGUUUGAGUUUAUGACAAGACGGAAAGGGCAUGAAAAAGUAAUGAAUUCAAUUAAUGCUGCUGUGGACCUUGGUUAUAAUCCUGUUAAGGUCAAUUGUGUUGUAAUGCGUGGAUUUAAUGAUGAUGAAAUAUGUGACUUUGUUGAUCUGACAAGAGAAAAGCCUAUUAAUGUUCGUUUUAUAGAAUUCAUGCCAUUUGAUGGAAAUGUUUGGAAUGUCAAGAAGCUUGUACCCUACUCAGAAAUGAUGGAUAGAGUGAUAAAACAUGUUCCUUCCAUAAAGAGACUUCAGGAUCACCCAACAGAUACAGCCAAGAAUUUCACAAUAGAUGGACAUCAAGGUAGAGUUUCAUUUAUCACAUCAAUGACGGAGCAUUUUUGUGCUGGUUGCAAUAGAUUGCGAAUACUAGCAGAUGGAAACUUCAAAGUGUGUCUAUUUGGUCCUUCAGAGGUUAGUUUAAGGGAUCCCUUGCGACAUGGUGCAGAGGAUGAUGAGCUUAGGGAGAUAAUAGCAUCAGCGGUGAAGAGGAAGAAAGCUUCGCAUGCUGGAAUGUUUGACCUUGCAAAGACAGCAAAUAGGCCCAUGAUACAUAUUGGCGGAUGAAGUCUUGUCAUCUUCUCUUCCCCACUUCCUUAACUCCAUAAAGUUAGGGUUUGCUUGGUGAUAAUGUUAUCUUUUUUUCAGGAAUUUCCAAAAGAAAAAGUAUAUCAUGAAAAUGAACACAAUAUUCACUCUUGUUUUUACAAAAUUAUGAAAAUAGAAAACACUGAAUGAAAGCACAAACCAAAUAUGUCCUUAUGUGUUCAUUCUCUUAGGUGUGUUUGUGAGAUGGGGUUUUAAAGGGGAAGUGGUGAAAGUAAGAGUUUGAAGAGUAAUUAUAAGUCAAUUUGUCUAUUCAAAUCUUUCUUUCCCUUCCUCUCCUUGUAAAGCUUCAACCGCAUUAUUAGAGCUGUAGUUAAUCGAAGUGCCUCAUUGUGUCUAAGUUUAGGUGUCGUGUGUCUUCCAAAAUUUGCUUAUAUUCAAGGAAAACCAUAGCUGCCCCAGCCAGAAGAAGGUCCUGAUCGUUCUCCUUAUGGAGUGAUACAGUUUUGUCUAUUUACUUUAGCAUAUAUAUGGUCAAAUGUUUUUCGGCCUACAUUUUCAGAUCUUGUGUUGAUUAUCAAGAUAAUUAUGUGUUGUUUAUAAAGUUGAGGUUAUUUAUUUGUUGUUUGUA